UUCGCACUUCGCGUUUGUCACUUUGUGUUUUUUUAUUUCAGUUAAAGUUUAGACUGUAAACUGGUUUUGUGAUAAAAUAUAAUUAUAGUUGUGAAAAAGUGUAUUAAACAUAUUUACCAUUGACUGUGUGUGAAGAUAAUAUUUUUACGAGACACUCCAACCACCCGCUGUCCUAGCAGACAAAGCACAAGAAUGCGCCGUUCAUGAUGAAACUCUAUCCCAACGGGCACUCGGCUCUCAAUGGCUACUUUAUGAUGUACCUGGCGAAAUGGAAACGAGUCGCGGUACUGUUGCUGAUCAUAUGGAUCGCUGUCACAUACCUGGUGAUAUCGCCGCUGAGAUGCGACGGGACUACAGAAGAUUCGGCCGACUUUCAGGAGAGAUUGAAAGCUGUCUCCAUGCAACUGGAGUCCCUGAAGCAGCAACACAGCAACCUCAUUUCACAGAUAAAAAAGUCCUCAGGAUUUAACGUAAACCUUAACGACCUAGAAACGUCCGCCCUUCUUCACAAUGGUGGUGGCGCAUCCGAAGAGUAUGAGAAUCUCAGACGAAGAAUAUACUCCAAUACUAAAGAGAUAUGGUACUUCGUCAACCACGAGCUGACAAAGAUCAAGGGGGAGGAUGUACAGACUGAGAAGGUACAGGCGAUUUUGGACCAAGUUGCUGAUAGGAAGAGAUCAUUAUUAUCGGACCAGCAGAAGCUAAUAGAGAUCGACGGAUACCACGAAUGGCGCCGGACAGAAGCUUCCAACCUUAGUGAUCUCACACAGAGGCGGCUCAAAGCAUUACAAAACCCUUCCGACUGCAGGGAUGCUAGGAAGGUCAUCUGCAAUUUGAAUAAGGGCUGCGGUUUCGGCUGCCAACUCCACCACAUAGUCUAUUGCCUUAUAUUCGCGUACGCAACGGAAAGAACCCUAAUCCUCAACUCAAAAGGCUGGAGGUACAACAAUAAAGGGUGGGAAUAUGUUUUCCACCCCAUCUCUGACAGCUGCACCACUUCAUACGACGACAAGGUGGUCCAAUGGCCAGCCUCGUAUGAUGCGAAGGUGGUAUCACUGCCUUUCAUCGAUUCCAUCACGCAGAAGCCCAAGUUCCUACCCCUGGCAAUACCUUCGGAUUUGGCACAUAGGAUAGUCCGAUUCAACGGCGACCCGUCGUCUUGGUGGAUCGGUCAGAUGCUGAAGUACAUUCUGAAGCCGCGAGCGGCCAUGCAGAAGGCCAUCAACGAUACCAUAGCCAAGAUGAACUUCAAGACGCCUAUAGUCGGUGUACACAUAAGACGGACGGACAAAGUUGGCACCGAGGCAGCCUUCCAUCACAUAGAUGAGUAUAUGUUACACGUCAAAGAUUACUACGCCACCUUAGAGCUAACGCAGUACGUCGAUAAGCGAAGAGUUUACUUGGCAACGGACGAUUCUAAUGUACUAGAAGACGCUAGAAAGAAGUACCCGGACUAUGAGUUUUUGGGUGACUCCUCCAUAGCGAAGACUGCGGCAACCCAUCGAAGAUAUACCCCGUUAUCCCUAACCGGCUUGCUAGUUGAUUUGCACAUGUUGGCGAUGUGCGACUACCUUGUUUGCACUUUCAGUAGCCAGGUUGGACGCGUGGCGUACGAAAUGAUGCAGACGAACCGCGUUGACGCGUCGGACAGCUUCUAUUCGCUAGACGAUAUCUACUACUUUGGCGGACAGAACGCGCACGACCGACGCGCCGUCAUGCCUCACAAUGCGGCAGUUUCUCAGGAGAUAUCGUUCCAGGUCGGUGACUUAAUCGGCGUCGCUGGCAACCAUUGGAACGGCUUCGGCCGCGGAACAAAUAAGCGAACCAAUUUGAACGGCCUAAUCCCCUGGUACAAGACGGCCGAUCACCUGGUGCUUUACCCCUUCCCUGAGUACAAACACGUACCGCAGUAUCCGGAUACGCGACAAAAGGACUUAUAGACGAUUCUAGUAACAAUUAUACAUUCAUUGCCCGCUGUAUAGGCCGCGUUCAAAUUAUACGUCGGUAUAAAAAAUAUGAUUAUCCUUAAACCGGCCUAAAUUCUUCUCAUUCUAAGAAGAGACUUCAAAACCAUCAGAAAUCGGUGAUGGGUCAAUAAUAAUAACACAUAUACUCUUUGGUCGCGUUCAAAAUAUACAUCGUUGUAACACAAUACUCGUUUGAUACGUUCAAAUUAUUUAUCGGUAUAACUUAUGAUACUCAUUUAUUCCGUUUAAAAUAAUACAGCAUACAAACAUAUAAAUAUUUUGGCUCGUUCAAAUUAUAAGUUUAUAUUAUACUCGUUUUUCGCGUUUAAAAUUAUACAUUGGUAUACAAUUUUAUACUCGUUGCGGUCAAAUUAUACAUCGAUAUACAAUAUACUUGUUGGUCGCGUUAAAAUAAUUCAUCGGUAUACCAUAUUAUACUCGUUUGUAGCGUUGAACUUAUACAUUACUAUACAAUAUUAUACUCUCUUUGUCGCAGUCAAAUUAUACAACGGUAUAUAAUAUACUCGUUGGUCGCGUUCAAAUUAUACAUCGGUAUAGCAUAUUGAAUCGUUUGUCGCGCUCAAAUUUAUACAUCGGUAUUAACUCAUUAUAUCCGUUUGUUGCAUUCAUUUUAUACAUCGGUAAAACAUGAUGAUGAUAGCAAAAUUAAAAAAAAUAAAGCACUGAUACUUUUUUAUGUUAUUUAUUAUUACCC